GUUUCUUCGUCACAUCUCCACGUCCAAGAGAUUCCGGUGUUAUUUGAAUGGAGAAAGUAGACCUCGGUGCGCUGAUGUGAUAAGGGCGGCGAUAAGCAAGAGUCCUUGGCCCCCUGUAAGCUUACCACUCCCACCUUCUGAAAAUCCUCCAACUGCCUAUUUUAGGUAAACCUCCCGAGUUCAUCUCAUUGCAAUCUUGUGCAUGACACAUAAUAACCAUGAGGACUACGAUUGGUCGAGGUCGAGGUUACUCUCCAGAAUGUAGUGGGAGAGGGAGCGACAAGAGAGUUCACCCCCUCAUCGGACUUGCUGCAAGGCUACGAUUGCACCUAGACCACGCCAGAUCUUCGAACAUAAUGAAUAACUGCUGUAUGUCAUCAUGAAACUCCUCCAAAAACUAUUAAUGGCCACAGAAUCGCGCAAUCCUGUGCUGCGCCCCCAUUAUUAAGUUUGAAACUCCUGUUUCUGACUGUAGCUAUUUAUCGCUCGCAGCCCCCAUUUAUCCUAGUUGGGUUACAUGGAAUGGCAUCCUUCCGGGCAGACUACUCUUCAGUGGAAGCUACAUAUAGAUUUAUAUAGGAAUUUCUUCAUGUCUGUCAUCAAAUCUUGACACUGUGCCACACAAGUUGUCAGCGGCGUAGAUUAUACCCCGCUUCAGCUAUAUUUCUCAAGAUGCGAAAUGAGUGAUUUCGUAAGAUCCUGACUGUGUGAAUCCCUAUCAUAAUUUUCCUUGGGAGCUUAAGGUGAGAGUUGUCGCACAAAGAAGUAUUCCUCACCGAUCUUGUCCUUGCGUUCUUUUCCCUUUUGGCCAACGACUUUACGAAUUUCGAUGCAGUCAGAUUCUUAAUGCUUGAUGAUAGAUACUUGAGUUGGGAAAAUGUUGAAUGAUCAUGAGGAGGGAACUUCACGAUUUCCUGAACUAUUGAGAGGCGAUUUUGACGAGAUUCAGUUGAGAGAAAUACCACCGACUCCAAUAGAAUCAAGCUUCGAUGUCGAAAGGAUACCGAGAACGAGAGCGAAUUCGGCAGUUUCCGAUGUCUCAGAAGUCUCAGCACUAUCAGUGGCAGAUUCGGAACAUCUUAUGAAAGUAGAUUCACCAUCGCGAAACGCUUCUAGAACUCGAGCACGGAGUCAUUCGAAUGAAUCACGAUAUUCAAUUUUCCCUGUUGAUUUACCAAGACGCAAGUCAACAGCAUCUAUCAAGACAACGAGAGCAUCUAGAGCACGAGCAGCUUCUUUGGCCGCUUCAGAAUGGUCGACUACGCUUGAUGUACCGGUACGCUCGGAGACCCGGGCAUCAAGAGCCGAAAGAGUCUCCAGCGCUUCAAGGGCUUCGAGUUCAAGCUCUGAUUCAAGGUCGAGAUCGCGUUCAAGGUCACCUUCUAGAUCGCCCUCCAGAUCGAGGGGAGACUCCAAUGCGGAUUCGGUUAACACGAUUAGUCUUGAAGUCCCUCCGAGAUCUGGCACCAUUUCUUCAAGACCUAGAGGGAUCUCUAAUUCAGAAUCUAUGAUCUCCACGCGGUCGUCAAUUAGUCAGGAUUGGGGAGAUCAUAGAAGUCUUUUAACGACCCAGCAUCCACCACCUGCUGUUCCUCAAAAUGACCUAAUGGCCCAAUUUGAAAACUUUGUAGAUGCUAUUGAUGAAGUACCCACAAGGAGGAUAACGCUGAAGCGAGUUGUAGCACCUGCGAAGAAGACGGUCAAGUGGAUGCAAUUAAAAAAACUUCUUCGAAAUCCUCUACGAAAAGAGUCGAACUUAUUCGAUGAGAAGACCAAUGAUUCUAAUAGAGCCAAAGUUCCACAAUGGAAAAGUCGAUGUUCCAUUGCAGCGGUACUCAUGGGUGUUGUGCUUGCUGUAUAUGUAGUCUUCAUCAUCUGGGCAUCGCAAAAAUCGACUGAUAACGUAAGUAUCAGGACGAUAGUUGAAGGAAGUUGCUCCACGGUCAACGCAACAAAUUUUGGCUUGCACGUACUGAUUAAUGUAUUGGGCAUGGCUGUGUCCAUUGCAAGUGCUUGUGCGCUCUAUUUUUUGAGUUCUCCGACGAGAAACGAGAUAGACGAAGCUCAUGCAAAAGGAAAUAGCUUCGAUAUUGGAGUGUUGAGUUUUCGAAACCUGAAGAGUUUCAAGAAGAAGGUUUUAUUUGGUCUCCUGAUAAUUUCUUCUUUGCCUAUUCAUUUUCUUGCAAAUUCCGCCGUAUUUGAAUCCAAAUUGGAAGUGAACUAUGACGUGGUUGUAGUUAGCCCGGAAUUUCUAGCCCAGUCGUCCGUAGACUGUUUGCAGGAUGUUGCAGCAACUUGCACAGAGAUCGAUGGUCACCCCAGAUCGUGUGAAACCCACCCCCUCAACUUUACUACAUCUCAGGAAUCAUCAGACCUUUGCAAUACCUCCACGGUCUUACAUGAAAGCGCAAAUCAAAACAAGCUUCAGCGCCUCAACACAACGGAAUGUCUCACGGCUUACUCAACUGCCUCGAAUCCAACUUCAAAUUAUGGAAAUCUAUUGGUUGUAACGCAAAAGCAGCCACUAUUUACGAAUAACACAAUCCUCCUUGCGUUCCAUCACAUGUCAUAUUCAUCUGUUCUCAGUGGUCAUGGAUGGACCUGUGGACCUGACGAUCCGUUGCCUGGACAGAAUACAUGCGAUAUCCCUAAUCUCAUCCUCAAUGCCGACAUUUGGACACUGGGACCUUUAAUGCUUCCAACCACCACUAACUCCACAUCGCUUGCAUCUUAUGAAAGAUGGGAUAUCGAUCAUUGCCUUGUCGAAACCUUGCCAGUCCAGCCUAUGUGCAGACUGCAAUGCAGUCGCUUAAUAAUAUUAUGUAUCAUCAUCGCACUCGCAGUCAAAUUCAUCUGCAUUCUAGUCGUAGCUACUACCAUGACCAAGCCAGUACUUUCGACAGUCAAAGAUGCUGUCACUUCAUUCCAUGACCGUACGGACAUGGUGACAUCAAAUAGAAAUUUCGUUCAUCGUAAUUCCGCAUGGAAGUCCAAAGAUGGUCUAUUGAUUCUAGAACCAGAGGUGGAGGGAAGGCCUAGGAAUUUACGAUGGUUUCAUGGAGCUAGUUUGCCGUUGUGGUCCACUACUCUGUUCUUAGGCGCCGUAUUCCUGGCUAUCCCCCUUGUUCUUCUCACCACCGCUACCGUCCCCAUCCCUCACCCAUAUUCCAUCGGUCUCGGAUGUUACUCGCCUCUCGCGAUAAUAAGCAUUUUUUCGUGGUCUAGCAAAUCCUUCGUUCCCCUCCCUGAAAUUACAAAUACGCAACUCUUUCCGACCGUUUUCCUCGCCAAUCUCCCUCAAUUGGCAAUUUCCGUUCUUCUUUUUCUUUUCGCACAAGUAUACACUCGUAUGCUAUCUGCAAACACAUUUUCAUGUCUUACAAAUCCUUCUCCGAGCUUAAAGUCCCGGAAAAUCAUGGGAUUUUCAUGCGCAUAUCUAUAUAUCUCUGCGCAAGCGGUUUUGGGAACGAUUCUUCACUUUCUUGCGUCUCAGGCAUUAUUUAUACACCAUGUUGAAGUUGUGGGGAGUGACGGGUUCAGGGAGUCUUUGGAGUACUUGGAUUUAGCUUACAGUCCCCUGGGUAUCUUGAUAUCUUUGGUGUUUGGUGGCAUUAUGCUUGGGACUUUGAUGGCAAGUGGCUUAUGGCGGUUGAGCGGGGGUCAAUUGGUUGGAAGUGGAAGUAUGGAGAUCGCAGCUGCUUGUAAAAAAUAAAUGAUGAAGAAAUGUGAAAAUGGGACUUGGGCAUCACGAUGGAGUUGUUUUUGUUAGAUAUGGAUGGAAUCGGAUGGAGUGCACGACGGUAUUGGUUCUACGACGUGGCAUGCGGCGCUUUGUAUAUGAUGAUACCAAUAUGUAUAUAUCUUCUAUUCAUGUAUAUA